GCACCGGUCGCCGCUCAGCUCGCCCGAGCUCGAGGUGGACAGCCCCCCGCACAGCCCCGCGCCGCGCAGCUCACCGCUCAGCCUCGGGGCGCCGGACUCACCCGUGUCCCGCUCGUCGCGGUGCUCUGCGCCCGGGUCGCACUCACCCCUGGGGUCGCCGCGGUCGCCGCACAGCGGCCUCCCGGGGCUCGGCCCGCUGAGCCAGCUGGGGCUCGGACUGGGCGUCGGCGGGCUGACGGAGGUCUCGGCCGCCAGCAAGGCGCCCAGCAAGCGGUCCGAGGCCUUCAGCGUGCAGGCGCUGCUCAAGCCCGACCUGUUCCCGCGCACCAGCCUGCCCCCGCAGCACGCCACCAUCACCGAGUCCAUCUCCGUGACGCGGUCGCUCUUCUACCCGGGGCCCAUCUUCUCAGACCUGUUCAAGGCGGGCGGGUCACCGCAACCCCACCACUCGCCGCCCUACGGGUUGGGGCGCCAUCCGCCCCUAUUGCCGUCCAACUUCUACCCGCCGUCGCCCGCGCCGCCCACCAGCAAGGAGGGCUCGGGCUCCUCGCCCGGCGCCAGCCCCGUCACCUCCCUCUGGGGCGCGGUGCAGGCCGCCAUGCAAAACUCGCAGGCCGGCUCCGCGUCCACGAGCACCUCGCCGUCGACCACGGCCGCCUUCCCGCCCAGGAUGCCGCCGACCGCCGAGGACCUGCUGCGGCUGCGCCACCACCUCCUCAUGUCGCCCAACGUGGGCGGCUUCCACCCGGCGGCCGCGGCGGCCGCAGCGGGGCACCUGGUGGCCGCCGGGCAGCUGGCGGCCGCGCACCACGACCACCACCAGCACCACCUCCUCAUGCGCGGGCACCAGGUGCCCGGCAUGCCGGGGAUGGGGCCGGGCGGCAUGGGGCCCGGCGGCCUCGGGGACACCUACUCGUGCAUCAAGUGCGAGAAGAUGUUCCCCACGCCGCACGGCCUCGAGGUGCACGCGCGCCGCUCGCACAACGGCAAGCGGCCCUUCGCCUGCGAGUCGUGCAACAAGACCUUCGGCGCCGAAGUCAGCCUCAGCCAGCACCGGGCGGUGCACAGCGUGGAGAAGGUGUUCGAGUGCAAGCAGUGCGGCAAGACGUUCAAGCGUUCGUCCACGCUGUCGACCCACCUGCUGAUCCACUCCGACACCCGGCCCUACCCGUGCUCCUACUGCGGCAAGCGCUUCCACCAGAAGUCCGACAUGAAGAAGCAUACCUACAUCCAUACAGGCGAGAAACCACACAAGUGCCAGGUGUGCGGCAAAGCGUUCAGCCAGUCGUCCAACCUCAUCACCCACUCCAGGAAGCACACGGGCUUCAAGCCGUUCGCGUGUGACCUGUGCGGCCGCGCCUUCCAGCGCAAGGUGGACCUGCGGCGCCACAAGGAGACGCAGCACACCGAGGUCACGCAGCAGCAGCAGCAGCAGCAGCAGCAGCAGCAACAGCAGCAGGUGCAGAGGCCCGCGGUCCAGGGCCACCACCACCUGCACGCGCCGCCCCCGCACGCGCCGCCCCCGCUCGCACCGCCCCCGCACGCAGCGCACGCGCCGCACGCAGCGCCGCCGCCGCCGCCACCCGCCCAGAUGGUUGCCUAACAGAGCGCCCGGCUGCAGGCCGGCGUCUCAGCCGCCCUGCAGCCCGCCCUGUGGGGCAUGCCGUCCGGGAUCACCCCGACGGGGAUGGCGAUGCCGCCCGGGCUGACCGUCCUGCCACUAGAGGACCACCACCACCACCACCAACAGCCCCACCUGGGACCCCAGUACGGCGCGCCGCCCAGGUCGCCGUCGCCGGACGUUAACGUGGACGUGGACGACAGCCGCGGCCCGACCCAGUGACAGAGCACUGUGACGAAGUUCAAGGUGUUUCGAGUGAAUAUGGACAACGUGAUGCGUUGCGGUUCAACUCGCAUUGUGACUUAUGUUUCAAACAUAUCGAAGGUGUUCCCCGCUAGAGGAGACCGACUUCUAGUCCAUUUCAAUAUGACAUUCCUGCUUAGUUUCAAAAGGGAUGGCAAAGCCAACUGUCUCUUUUGUGCGUCAUAUUAAAAAAACAAACUAUAAGUGAUAAUUACUAGGUUCUUUGUUGUCUCUUAUUUAACACAAAGACGCUCGUUUUGGCCGACCGUCUAUUGACCUGCAAGUGAGGUGUUCUGUGCAUUUUGUCGAAUUAUUGUUUAGGAUCAUUCUACAAAUUAAAUUAUGUGAUCAUUGUUUUAAGAGUAUUUAAGAACUGUUAUGAGAAUUUGCAUGUACCCUUUAAUGCCGAAUGCACUCGGAGACCAAUGACGUCAUUUCGCUUUUCAUUAUGUUUCUCAAUUUGAGCUUACUUUGAUUUGUUAUGUUCUUCAUAUAUUUUGGUACAGUAAUCGUUAACUGAUAAUAAAAUCAUUCUUUUUCUGUUCAGAAAUUUGUUUUUUAUGUUUUUUUCGUUGUUAAGUCAAAUAGUAGUGCUGGUGGAUGCAGAAUAGCUUUAAUUGUUAACAGUACAAAGAUUUGUUAGAGCCUGUGUUUCACCACCAAAGGAUCUUAAUUUCUAAUAGCCAAAUAUGUUGUUUUCCUGUGAUACGCUCCCCAAAUAUUAGUUGUUUUUAAAUAGUCGUGUUUUAUAAGUGUUGAUUCUAGACGCAGUCGAAGCCUUUUGUAAAUAAUGUCCUUUCCUUUUGCUGUUCUGUUUUGUAUCUCAUAAGUUACCUUCUGACAUAUUAAAAAAAUAUAUUUAAACAAA